AUGCGAGCGCUCGCGCUCCUCAUCACCAUCGCGACGUCCUCGGCGCUGCUGCCAUCCACGACACGCGCACCCCGCUCCGCGCUCCGCUCCGCGCCGCCCGGCGGCGCGGACCUCUACAACGGCGAGGACGACGAGCGCAACGCGCAGGUCGCGGCCCUGAAGCGCUCCUUCUACGGCGUGCCCGCCGCGCCGCGCGCCGAGGCGUCGCGUUCGCGCGUCGCCGUGCCGUCGCGGUCGUCGUUCGGCCUGCUCGAGGACGUGCCGCUCUGCCGCUGGUCCGGCGCGCUGCUGCCGCACUCCCAGCUCGCGCUCAACGUCUGGCAGCCCCAGUACACGCACCUCUUCGAGGAGCUCUUCGCGACGCCCGAGCCGUGGUACUACGCGCACGUGCGACUCCCCGGCGGCGCCGCGAACCUCAACAACCCGGCCUACGACUUCUGCGCGCUCGACUGCUCCGCGCCGCGCGCGGGCACGCUCAUGCGCGUCGCGUCCUUCCGCCGCGAGGCGGACAACCGCCUCAGCGUCGUCGUCCAGGGCGUCGCGAGGUGCCGCCGCGCGUUGCCGUACGCGCGCGCAGACGUGCGGCUCGCGCCCGACGGCGAGGCCCUCGCGCACGGCGCGUCGGACGCCUGGCCCCGGGCCUGGGCCGCGGCCGUCGAGGCCGACGAGGCCUGGGCGGCCUACGAGUUCGGCGCGCCGCCGACGGACCCGCGCGCGGUGCCGCCGCUCUGCCAGUUCUCCGCGGCCGCGGCCGCGCCGCCGCCGACGCCGGAGCCCGCGCUCGACGCCGCGGAGCGCGCCUUCGCCGCGCGGCCGCCGCCGGCGGCCGUCGACGCCGCGUUCCGCGCCGCGCGCGACGCCGCGGACGCGGCGCUCCUCCGGCGACGGGAGGCCGAGGUCUGGGUGAAGCUAGACGCGCUGCUCGCGGCGCUGCGGUCCCGGCCCGAGACGGCCGGCGCCGUGCCCGUGCCGUCGCAGCUCCUGGGCCUCCUGCCGCGCGACGAGGCCUGGCCCGGCGACUUCCGACUCGACGGUGUCGCGGCGGACCUCGCGCGGCGGAGCGCGGAGCUCCCCGACGACGUCGACCAGGCGGACCGGCGCUUCGUCGCCGCGCGCGACAACUACCCGGCGCACCGCCGCGCGUCGCGCCUGAGCUUCGCGGUCUUCGCCGUCGCGGGCGAGGCGCCCGCGCCGCAGCCGUCGUCGUCGAAGGCCGUCCAGCGGUUCUUCGCCUUCAUCUGCGUGAGCACGCUCUGCCGCGCCUUCGAGGCGGGCAUCUGCGCGUCGAUGAUGCCGAAGAUCGCGGACUCGCUGCGGCUCAGCUACGUCCAGGAGGGCGUCGUCGCGUCGGCGCCGGACUACGGCAUCGUGCCCGCGGGGUUCCUGGCGAUCCUGCUCUUCGAGCGCGUCGACGCGUACCCCGUGCUCGUGCUCGGCAACCUGCUCAUCGGCGCCGUCGCGCUGUGGUGCGCGGCGUUCCCGAGCUACGGGAGCCUCGUGACGGCGCGCGCCGUCGGCGGCCUGGCUUGGGGCUGCUCCAUGGUGCACUACCCGGCGUGGAUCAACGCCAAGGGCCCCGCGGCGUCGAAGACGAUGUGGCUCGCGCUGUCGAACGUCGUCCUGCUGGGCGGCAUCCUCGUGGGCUUCGCCGUCGGCGGCGCCUGCGCGUCCAAGUUCCCCGAGGUGACCUGGGACGCGCUCUACGGCGUCGAGGCGGCGAUGAUGGGCGCGGCGGGCCUCGCCGCGGCGACGUUCCACGCGGACCUCGUCCAGGUCGUGCCGCGCGCGGGCCGCAAGGCGUCGGCGGACGCCGGCGAGCGCAGCGAGCUGCUCCUCGGCGACGCGGAGCGCCCGCGGAAGCCGCGGAGCCCCUGGGCCAAGUGCAGAUCCGUGCUCGCGUGCCGCCUCUUCGCGUGGACCGUCGGCGCGGGGUCGUUCGUCUGCGGCACCGUGGGCUUCCUGCUCUACUUCAUCGCCCAGGUCGCCGAGGCCCAGGCGCCGACCUGGUCGCCCGCGGCGCGCUACGGCACGAUCUCCGCCGUCUUCGUCGCCGCGCCGAUCCCGGGCAACUUGUUCGGCGCGCGCUACGUGCAGCGGACCUGCGGCGGCUACGAGAACUUCUCGAAGACCCACGCCUUCACGAUCAAGUGUGCCUUCGCCGGCGUCGUCGCCAUCGCCUGCAUGCCCAUCGCGUCCUUCACGAGCUUCGACCCCGCGGAGCGGCCCGAGGUGCUGCCCGGCGCGUGGCGGCCCGUGCUCUUCUGCAGCCUCGUCUGGGUCUUCCUCUUCGCCGGCGCGGCGCCGACGGCGGCCAUCAACGGCAUCGUCCUCGCCGCGGCGCCGCCCGACGCCUCGGUCUACGCGAGCGGCAUCCAGUUCGCGGUGCAGAACGGCGCGAAGCUCCUCGUGCCCCUCGUCGGCGGCGCGGUCAUCGACGCCGCGGGCCUGCUGCCGGGCUUCGACGCCGUCCUCCUCUUCUCCGCCUGCGGCUACCUCGUCUGCGCCAUCGCCGCGAAGCGCGCCGCGGACAAGCACCGGCCCUGGGCCGCGCGCGACGACGCGGACGACGCGGGCGACGAGCUCGACGCGCGCGGCGACUUCGAGCGCUUCGGCAAGCGCCUCGACGAGAUCUCCGCGCGGUCCCCGGCGUCGCCGCGCGACCGCGACGACACGAUCCUCGAGGCCGCGGCGCCGGCGCAGGACCUGAGCCUGCUCUCGGACGCGGUCGUCAACGAGCUGCUGCGCGAGAAGGGUUUGAGCCUCGACGCGAGGAUAGAAUUUCUCUGCAAGCGCGUCGCGGCGCCGCCGGUGCCGCAGAACGCCUGGCAUAUCCUGGACUUCGUGCCCUUGGUCAACGUGCUCCGCGCCGUCUUCUUCAAGCGCGUGCCGGCGCCGGACCAGGUCAAGGACAAGAUGAACAUGCUGUGCCUCGUCUCCGCGCUCAUGCUCUCGGCGAGCCUCGAGGUGUCCCUGGCCAUCCAGGCGGACGACUUCGACGCCAUCCUCGACCGCUUCGCGCACGAGCCCUACUCGAACUGCCACGUCGACGGCCCGCGACGCGCGGCGUACAUGGUCAACGCGAUCAACCGCUACCUCAUGACGUCCGUGACGUGCAACCUGUCGGCGCUCGUCGUCUGCAUCGGCAUCUACAUCGUCAUGGACUCGAUCGACGAGACGUGGGACAUGGCGAUCAUGUGGCGGUGGACGCGCGCGCCCGUCAUCCUCGUCUGCAUGCUCGUCAUCUGGGGCUCGGGCGACACGGUCUCCGCGUUCAAGUAUCGCCACUUCGCGCUGAUCCCGAACCAGUUCGUCGAGGAGAAGGGCUCCUGCUCGCACACGGAAUGGGAUCCAGAUUUUGGCACCACGAAAUUCCCGGACGCGAGGCUGUUCCGCGACAGCUGGGGCAACUUCGAAAACUUCUACAUGUCCAUGUGCUUCUUCGCCAUCUCCUUCUCGUCGAUCUGCGUCUCCUACGGCACCUUCGCAGCGACCCGCGACACGAAGACGAUGCCGGAGCCGAGCCGGAAGAUCGUCGCGCGCCAGCGCACGGCGUCUGGUCCGCGGCGGGACUCCGGCACGGCCGACGCGCCGGCCGGCGGGAACUGGUUCACGGCCCGCAUCGGCCGAGCUCGAUUUGGCGAGACCGUGCAAACGAUCGACGAGCGGCUCGCGUACUGGACGGCGCCGACCGGGGGCCAGCGCACCAACUCCAGCACUUACCUCACCUUCGAGCUCGACAGCGGCGGCUGGAACAACGUGCGCAUGGGCGUCGAGACCAUGCUGGCGAUCGCGCACGUGACGCGGCGCACGCUCGUGCUGCCGCCGCGCGAGCGCGUCUACCUGCUGAGGGAACCCGUCGACCUCCGGCGCUGGCUGCGCUUCGCCUGGCCGUCCGUCGAGGUCAUCGACAUGGCCGAGUUCCUGCGGCGCGAGGGACAUCGCCUCGGCUGCGCGCCGCCGGCGGAGGCCGCGCCGGCGCUCUGGGCCGCGCUCCGCGCCGCGGGCCGCGACCCCGGCUGGAUCCCGACGCGCCACUGCCUCGUCGCCUCGGAAACUCCCGACCCGAUCGCGCUCGCGGCCUUCUGCGGCGGCCGCACGCCCGUGCGCUACGCCGACGCCGACGCCUGGCUCCUCCAUUUCCCGCUGCUCUGCUGCUGCCCCGCGCCACACUCCGGCGAGUGCGCGUGGGAGGCCCGGUGGCGCCGCUGGGGCGCCGCGCGGCGUCCGCCGGCGGUCGUCUUGUACACUCAUGUGAAGAAAUCCGACCCCGUCGCACUUGGUAGGCGGCUGCCACCGUCGUUCGCGGCGCUGCACGUGCGCCGCGGCGACUUCGCGCACGCGGCGAACGCGACGGCGGAGGACUAUUACAGAGCCGCCGCGCCGCUCCUCGCGCCCGGCGAGGCGGUCUACGCCGCGACGGACGCGGACCCGUCGUUUCUCGACGCGUUCCGCGCGCGCGGCCACGCCGUCACGACAAGAAACGACGUCCGCGACGUCUUCGACGCCGCGGGCCUCAGCGAGGACAUGCACGGCCCCGCGGAGCAGCUCGUCGCGACGCUGGGCCGCGCGUUCGUCGGCUCCGAGGGCUCGACCUUCUCGAAUUACGUCGUCCGCCUCCGGGGCUAUCGAGGCCACGGCUCUUCCGCGUUCCUGGAACGCGGCGGCGUCGGCGCGGCGGCGUCGGACGCGUGGCCCUACGCGCCCUACUGGUUCCGCGAGUGGUCCCUGGCCUGGGACGGGGGCGCGACGCGGCGCGAGGACCCGGCCGCCGCCGCGCGGCGCGCCGCCGCGACCCGCGCCGACGCGGCGUGCCGCCGGAGAGGCCAGGGCUUCGACGUGCCGCGGCUCCGCUGCCAGGCGGACGGCGACGCGCCCGGCCCCGCGCCGCCCCCGCUCGCAAACUGCACGCCGCCGUCCCGCGUCCGCUCCUUCCCGACGCCGCCGCCCUUCGUGGGCUACGACUACUCCGGCGACGAGUGCAGCUGCGCGUACGCGCGCGGGCUCUCGCUGUGCCCCGCGAAGAAGACGGGCCGCGCGAGGGACCGCGCGCGGCACGCCGCGGCGCCGUGCGCGCGAUAA